GGAAGACUCCGAAACAUUGUCGCCACACGCCGUGACGUGGCGACGCACGACGCCUGGCCGGGCCAGCGGAGUGAACCGGAUCAGGAAGAAAAAGGCUUUCAUGCAAACACACACAAAACUACUACAACAACACUACACUAGGAGGGAGGUUAGAGAUGGUGUACGUGUCUAAUGGUCAGGUGUUGGACAGCAGGAGUCAGUCUCCAUGGAGGUUGUCUUUCAUAAGUGACCUCUUCUGGGGUGCCGUGGAAUUCAUUGGAUUAUUCUUUCAAACGAUAUUCCAGCCAGAUUUAUCCAAGAAAGGCAACUCUGGGUCUUCCUCUUACUCGAGAUUUGAUGAUGGCAGGGGUCCGCCUGGAUUCCCUGGAGGACGGCGGCGAAUGGGCAGAGUAAAUCACAUGGGCGGGGGUCCUAGUGCCCCCCCCACGGGGGGAGGAGGAUGAGGAAGGUGA